UGCCAGAGAGCUGCUGCUGCUGCUGCCCUGAUUGAUAUAUGACUGCAAUGGCACUUUUCCAUUUGACAUUCCCUCUCUCUCUCUCUCUCUUAAACAACAGCCCUAACUUUUGUGUGUUGCAAAUAUAAAAGGCAAGCCAUGUGACAGAGGGACAGAAGAACAAAAGCAUUUGGAAGUAACAGGACGUCUUUUCAGCUCUCCGAAGAUUUCGAGGGGAAGAAGGAGCAGUGCAUUUUCCAAAGGAGCACUCUUAAUUUGCACAUUAUUAUUUAUCCAAACUUCUGGAAACCUUUCCAAUGGACUGGACAGCACUGGUUAUGGAUCAGAACAGAUUUAACGUACACUGUUGGCUGGCUGAAAGAUGAGGAAAGCCACAGUGUUUGCCUUUGCUGUAUUGCCGAGGGGUAUAUUUAGUGGGAAGUCGACUCUUGUCAGUGCAACUCGUAAUGCAAUGUGGCUGUGCAGUCGGUAGCUGACACAGGAGGAUGCUGCAGGACCCCAGACCGCCUGCUGAAGGAGAGAGGGAGACUCUCCUCAUUUGCUGGCAGAUAUUUCACUGUGUAUCAGCAUCAGAGGCACAAGCAUAACUGUUCUCUCCGUCUUUGGGACAACAGAAGAGUUUUACCUGGUUUGAGCCCAGUGAUAAGGUGUAGUGUAACUGAAGGCAGAGGAACAGACACUACCCUGAGAGAGCCUGACUGAAGACAAAAGCCCUGUCUCCCUGCUAGGAUUCAGGGACUCUUCCUGGAAUCUGCUUCAUUUCUCCUGGGACCAGCUGUGUCCCCUUCCUGGCCUGGCUGCUCUCAGAUGCACUAGGAAGUGCUCAAGGUUGUUCUUGGACCUCGAAUGUUAAAUGUGCAGCCUCUCAGCUCCCCUGCCCUUCUCCAUGUCCUGUAUCUCAGGAUGGGUCUGCUUACAGUCACAGAUAUUCAUCUCCUGAAAUACUAAAAGACUUAGUGAAGCCUCGCAGCAAGAAAUGAUGUGCAGGAGUUUCUCUCAAAUACCAUCAGCAUGUUUGACAUUUCUGACUGCUCAGAGCUAUGAAGGAGAUUCUUUGACGGAUUACAAUUUCAGCUAACUCCAACUUGAGAAGAAGAAUGACAGCUAAGACACUUAAACCAGACUUUUCACCAUCCUGGAAAGGAACUGGCUUCCAGUGUUUGGAGUUUUUUUAAUGCUCUACCUCCCUCUGCUGUUAUCAGCGAGAAGUUCCUCGACAAUGGGAAAUCGUGUACUUGCGGCUUCGAUUUCUAUGCUUUCACUCCUGGCGAUGAUGGGAGAUGCAGACAGUAAAACAGACAGCUCCUUCAUGAUCGACCCCGACCCCAGCCGCUGUAUGAGGCAUCACUAUGUUGACUCCAUCAGCCACCCACUCUACAAGUGUAGCUCGAAGAUGGUACUGCUGGCUCGCUGUGAAGGCCGCUGCAGCCAGACAUCACGCUCAGAACCAAUGGUUUCUUUCAGCACUGUUCUGAAGCAGCCUUUCCGCUCCACUUGCCACUGCUGCCGGCCCCAGACCUCCAAGCUGAAGGCCAUGCGGUUGCGAUGUUCAGGGGGCAUGCGGCUCACUGCCACCUACCGCUACAUCCUCUCCUGCCACUGUGAGGAGUGCAACUCUUAGGGAUGUACCUACCACAGCAGAGAGGGGACUGGGUUGCUGCUGGUGGGGAAGGCUCCCAAGAAGUAAUCCAAGGUGAGGCCGAUGUUCCCAGAGUACAAUUGCAGCAAGGACAGCACUAACCAGGCUGGAUUGGAUCUGAGGGAUAAAAAUGUCAUGGGGCCCUGGAUGGUACCACUACUGAAGUGUGGGUUAUGACAAAGGUGAAAGCACAAGGACUUGUUUUUAAGAAGCCUUUCUUUUUUUUUUCUGAAAGGAUUUUUUGGUGAGUUUCUUCUUUUUCAGGCUCAGCUCUGACUACAGAGGUGCUCUUACUUUAGGCCACAGGCAGCAGAAGAGAGGAAGGUCAGCCGGAUGACAGCACAAUGCUCUGGAAGUUGGCAUUCAGACAGAGGAUGAGCAUCAGUUCUCACCCACAAUCUCUUAACCUAUCAAUUUAUUCUCAGUCUCCUAGUUAUAUUUGCCUUCAAAACAAACUGUGUUGUUGACAAGGGUUACCUGUUACUGAUCUAGCAGUCAAGCGCUGGAUAACUUUAAGUGCAGUUUAGCAGAAAUUACAAAUAAAUCAUUGAAAAGUGAACUGGAUAUGAAAUGUUAUGCUGGGAUUACCCAGCCCUAACCAGCUGAAUUUGUAGUGUGCAGCAUCAGAGUUCAGUGGCUGAGGGACCCCUGAGAAGUGAAAAAUCAUGAGACUCAUCAUGCCCCAGUAAAAGCCUGAAAUGUGACAUGUCACAUCUGUUACAAAAGCUAUUAUUCAAAUGCUAAAAACUAAUCAAAGAUUAAAAUAAUGUGUACUAAAUGGAGUCUUUUCUUAACUUGGGUAGACCUGUUGAUGUGCAGAGAUAGAGCCACCAAAAUAAUGACCAAACCUAGGACUUAUUUCCAUCUA